AUGGGCCGUAUUCAAUAUGGUGUUUUAGCGACUGUUUAAGGGUUACGCGCGUACAAAUUUCUUGAUCGCCCGAUCAUCGCCUGUCUAAAGUUAUACGCCAAUUCAGAAUAAGCUAUUAUCCAACAUGCGGUUAGCCGACGUCUAAGCAACAAAAGAAAAUUUAAUCGCCGGGCUGGGCAUGUUUAUGUCCGCGUUUAGGUGGAACGCAAGUACAUGCAGCACAGGUUUAGACAUCAUGGAGGCGGUUUUACAAAUUCUUGAGUUUGCACAAGAGGAGGAGGAGGAGGAGGUACUGUUGGGCCGUCCUCGUGUCGAAAGAGUAUUUGAGGUCCGAGUGGAUGCGCUCCGAAAGUAUAGCGACAGUAAAUUUAUCCGCAGAUUCCGGGUUUCCAAGGACACAUUUCGUUGGCUAGUAGAUUUCUUAGCCCCGGAUUUGAUGCCACUAAAGGAGAGUAAUCAUGCUCUGAACCCGGAGCAGCAGGUGCUGGUUGCCAUGCGCUUUUAUGCCAGGGCAUCAUUCCAAAUGGACAUUGGUGAUAUGUGUGGCGUAUCCCAGGCAACUGUCUGCAGGGUGGUUCAUCGCGUUUCCUCUGCUAUUUGUGCCAGACGUCAGCAAUUCAUUCACUUUCCAACCACACCGGAAGAAAGGAGAACUAUUGCCGAAGGCUUCUAUGAGAUUGCCCAAUUCCCUGGGGUCGUUGGUGCUAUAGACGGUUCCCAUGUUGCUAUAGUUAAUCCUGGUGGGGAGCGUGCGGCCCAUUUUAUCAAUCGUAAAGGUUGGUAUAGUAUCAACUGCCAGGGUGUUGUGGACCAUCAACUUCUUUUCACUAACAUUGUUGCCAGAUGGUACGGUUCGGCACAUGACUCGCGGAUAUUUCAAGAAUCACAACUAUUCCGUAAAUUUCAAGCAGGGGAAUACAGAGGCAUUUUGCUAGGGGAUCCGGCCUACACUUGCAGCACGUUCAUGCUUACCCCGGUUCGCAACCCAACAACACCAGAGGAGAACCGUUACAACAAUGCCCAACGACGUACCCGGGGAGUGGUUGAACGAGCAUUCGGGAUUUGGAAAAAGAGAUUUCCCUGCGUCUCCAAGGGAAUGCAUCUGAGGUGUUCAUUGGAUCACAACAUGGCAAUAAUAGUUGCGACCACCUGCUUACAUAAUCUCGCCACACGAAUGAAUGAUCCUGUACCGGAGCCAGAAGCUGACCUUCCUCGACGUGAAAUCGGUGAACCAGAACGACCCAUCAACCCGGCUGAAGUAAAUUUCAGAGGAAACUUAUUCCGACAACGAUUCAUCAUGCAGCAUUUUAAUCAAUAAGACAAGGCUUCGGUCGUCUUCUGUAAUGCUGAACUUGUCGGCUGUCUCGGAGCGACGGCUCUCUGCUGAUGUGUGGCAACGAGUGUCUGCUGACGUGAACUGGUGU